AUGCUGUAGCUGCUUUUGGAUCUCUCUUUCAGAGGGCCUUCAGGUGCACUUUGCAACCUUGUCUCUGGCUGGAUAUCCUAGGCCUGAGUUACUGCCUUGUGUGGGACUUUGCUCACCCUGUUCAGGUUGUGAAGACCCAGUGGCUGUGUGCCGAGACCAUGGCGCCCAGGCUCCCGGGAAGGGGGUCUGUCUGUCUCACUGCCCUUGGAGUCCUGGUCCUGCUCUCUGCUCUCCCUGCUGACGCUGGGCUUUCUCAGAAGCAUGUUUCCGACGUCAUUGAUGACAGCAAAGAUAACAUCACCAUUUUCACCCGCAUCCUGGACAGGCUGCUGGAUGGCUACGACAACCGCCUCAGGCCUGGACUCGGAGACAGCGUAACUGAAGUCAAGACAGACAUUUAUGUGACGAGUUUUGGCCCCGUCUCGGACACAGACAUGGAAUACACCAUUGAUGUAUUUUUCCGGCAGUCCUGGAGAGACGAGAGGCUGAAGUUCGACGGUCCCAUGAAGAUACUCCCCCUGAACAACCUGCUGGCCAGUAAGAUCUGGACCCCUGACACCUUCUUCCACAACGGGAAAAAAUCUGUUGCCCACAACAUGACAACACCCAACAAGCUGCUGCGCCUGGUGGACAACGGCACCCUCCUGUACACCAUGAGGCUAACAAUUCAUGCCGAGUGCCCCAUGCACCUGGAGGACUUCCCAAUGGAUGUGCAUGCUUGCCCACUGAAAUUUGGGAGCUAUGCCUACACAAAGACAGAGGUGAUCUACACCUGGACUCUGGGGAAGGAUAAAUCAGUGGAGGUAGCAAAGGGUGGAUCUCGCCUGAACCAGUAUGACCUGCUGGGCCAUGUUGUUGGGACAGAGAUGGUUCGAUCCAGCACAGGGGAGUACGUCGUCAUGACCACACACUUCCACCUCAAGAGGAAGAUCGGGUACUUCGUCAUCCAGACCUACCUGCCCUGCAUUAUGACUGUCAUCCUGUCCCAGGUCUCCUUCUGGCUCAACAGGGAGUCCGUCCCUGCCCGAACGGUUUUUGGUGUCACCACCGUCCUCACCAUGACCACACUAAGCAUCAGCGCAAGAAACUCGUUGCCUAAAGUGGCGUACGCGACGGCCAUGGACUGGUUCAUAGCCGUCUGUUACGCCUUUGUGUUUUCUGCGCUGAUCGAAUUUGCCACCGUCAACUACUUCACCAAGCGCAGCUGGGCUUGGGAUGGCAAGAAGGUGCUGGAGGCCCAAGAGAUGAAGAAAAAAGAACCGGUGGCACUAGCGAAGAAAACCAACAACACCUACAACAUAGUUGGCACCACAUAUGCCCUCAACAUUGCCAAGGACCCCGGCCUGCCCACCAUCUCCAAGAGUGCUGCUGCCACUGCGACGGCCACCAACGUGCCCCCCAAGAUGCCCCGCUUAGAGGAGAAGCUCCCAGAGAGUAAGAAGACAUACAACAGCGUCAGCAAGGUAGACAAGAUGUCCCGCAUCGUCUUUCCAGUCCUCUUUGCCAUUUUCAACUUAGUCUACUGGGCUACCUAUGUAAACCGGGAGUCAGCUAUCAAAGGAAUGAUCCCCAAACAAUAAAACCAGUCCAAUAAACCUUCCAUCAGUGAGCACCACCCAGGCAGGAAUUCUCCAGGGCUUUCUUCUUUCCUGUUUUGUUUAAUUAUUGUUCAUUUGAAAUUACUAUUAGAUAAUUCUUUUAUAAUGUACACAAAACUGUGAUUUUAAUUUAAUCCCGUAUGCAUUUAGUUUUGUUUUAUUUUGGUUUGGUUUUUCUUUGAUGAUGAAAGGAAAAAAAAAAAAAGGAUCAUAACAAGUUGUGCCUCUAACAUCGUGAAUCUGAUGUCCCCACCCACCCAAGUCACCCUGUGCUUCCAUCUCUCCUCCUCCACGGUCUGCAUGCCACUGCCAUCUCACGCUCCUCUCUGCUGGGGGCUGCCUCCCUCCUCCUCCUCUGCAAUGGACUGCCCUAGCGUGGUGGAUACUCCUGGUGGCAUGGGCUCAAGGAUGUGGAGGCCUCCAGAGUCAGUCUCUGGGCUGGUUUUCAGUGCCCGGUGCUUUGUGCUAGGCUGUGCUCCCCUAGGGGCAGGGAGCUGCUCUGGAGAGGGAGUGGUGCUGCAUGGGCCAGCUCCUAGCCCACUGCCUGCUGGGGUGAGUCCCUAGCUGCCAGGGGCUGGUAGAACCAUGGCAGGUGUGGAACAGGGUGACAGCACCUUGUAGGUAUCUACCAGGCUUCCUCCUCUGUCUUCACCAGCUGCUUCAACCAAGCCCAGCUGCUGGUUUCCUCCAUGCUUCUCCCCAGAUGAGAACAGGUGAGAAAGGUCUUGUCUGUCUGACAUCCUGCGCUCUUGGGGCAAUUUGUGUUAGAGGAUGGGAUAUUUCCUACCAGAGAAAUCAUUUUUCCCAGGGUCAGUGAGUGACUGAGGUCAAGACUGAAGCUUUCUAAUGCCUAGGAGGAGAUAGGAGCUGUGAGGCCACAUGCAUUCAGCAUCAGGAAGCCAUAGAGCUCAGACAGAUGGUUUAUCACUUUCUCUUGGCCCCAUCCACUUCUCCUUCUUGACUUCUCUGCUCCCCAAUUCAUCUUCCUUUGGCUACUGUGCAGCCCCCAGUAACAAAUAUCUCGCUGCUUGUGGGUGGAUUUAGGCAGAGAAGCCCCUGCCUCCCAGGGGAGCCACGCUGCCAGGGAGGAGCACAACCCCAGGACAUCCAGCUCAUGGUGCGUUCCUGCUCUCGUGCACCUGAGCAGCAGCAGUGCUGGUUCAGGCCCUUUCCUGCCCCAGCACAUCGGGAACUAUUCUGACACCUGUGGGGGUGCCUGGGGCUCCAGUCAGUCCCCAAGAACCCCCCUGUCCCCUGUGAAUGCAGCUGAGCAUCCUCAUCACCAGGGGAAAACAGCAGAAGGGGAUCUUUGAAAUGGGGUAGUGGUGGUGAUACUGCUGUCCUAGGGAGAUGUGUGACCAGAUAUCAUCUCACAAACCCGCUGAGAUGAGACACAGCUCUAAUACCUGCAAACUCAUCCAAGAAAGCCCUCCAGCGCCUCGGAGAGAGGCUUUUUCUCUCUUCAUGGCCCUUCAGUCAGGGUCCCAAACCAGCAGCUGCCCCCUUCCCAGCAGCAGCACAAGUUGGUGGCAUCCAAACCCUGUCCCUCCUACCCCUCCCUGGUGCCUGGACCCCUGGACACACUGUCCUGCUGCAAGGAGCAAUGUCCUCUGUCUGAGUGCUCAUCCCCAUCCCACAAGUGGCACUGAUCCUGCCAGCAGCCCUGCUCCUGGGGCGGGAUGCGCCACCUCUUUCCUUGGUCACUGGCUGCCCCCUCCACCUGCCCCCUGCACAUUUUGGGUGCACGCAGCCAGCUCGGGGCCCCAGCACCCCCAGCUUGAUGUCUUCAGCAUUGCUUUGAGCCUCUGCGCCGAGCUUGGCACCCCCUGCCAGCGCAGGAGCGGGGCUGAGCACGAGGCGCAGGACUCGCCCCACCUGGAAUAUCCAUGGGGACGGCAGGAAGGAGCGGGGCAGGGCAGGAUGCUUCAUCCUGCAGCGUGCGUGUUGUUGGUGCAUGUCCUGCCCGUCCCUCACCUCUCUUGCUAGCUCAGCAGCAGCGCACAAGGAGAGGAGCUCGGAGACAUUCAGCUCAGCCCCCGGCGUGUCCCGUCCACCAGCAGGCAGCGUGGGGCGAGACGUGGCACAUCCCCCAAGCAGAUGGGAAGGAAACCAGCUGUAGCCAUGCCAUCCGCACCCCAAACCACCUGCGACAUUUCUACAGUGCCUUUCACCCAAGGGCUCCCCGCCAGGCAGCGAGGAGGGGAAAACCCCAGCAUUGUGCUGGAGGAGCGGAGGGAGGAUGCACUGUCCCCAAAUCUGCUGGGCAGGGGGGACAUCCCUGCCACUUUUGCAUUGCCCCAGCACUGCCCUGCACCCCUGUGCCCUUUUUGCUCCCCCCAUGCCAGCACUGUCCCCUCCAGCAGUGGGUGCCCCUGCUGCCACCCCCCAGCUCCCCAGCUGUAACCGCUGAGCUAACCGGCCGUCAGGCUGCUUGUUUGGGAGACUACUUGGAUGUCAUUUUCUUAAAUAAGCUAGAUGAAGUGUAUCUCAUAAAACAUUCAUGUCACUAUAAUACUCAGGCCUAAGUGAAUGAAAUAGAAACCCUAUAAAAAGCAAAACAAACACAAUAAAAUGGUAACAAAGAGGAUAUUGUGUUUACUAACGGAAUUAUGUCAAAGCCAAGCUUAAAUAUGGGAUCCAGUGACUUCGCUGACUUGAGUCUCCUCCUCAGCCCCCUCCACUAGCCUGGGCAUUCCCCAAAAUCCCCUCUGCCUGAGGGCAGCCCUACCUGCUGCACAGUCAGGGUGAGCCUCCUGCCUGUCUUCUCCACUUCUCCUUCCCUCCUGCUGCCCCCAGACCCUUGUUCCUCUGCAGGACACAGUCCGCCAGGCUGGCUUGCCGGUGGCACCCACCUGCUGGCCCAUCUUUGCUCUCCCCAGCUCUGAAAACUUUGCUCCCUGCCGGAUAAAAGGCUCCCUCCCUGGAUCAGUGUUAGCACGCCUUGAAAGCCAAGUCUAUUCCCACCAAAGCCUGGCACUGGCCCCGAGUCUUUUUGCCAGCUGGAAGCAGAAAUACCGGCAUCCUUUGGUUAAAGACAACAAACCAAACAGGAUUUGUAGUUUGGCUUCCAAUCAGGGAAGCAUUUCGGGAAGAUAGUUAUAAAUAAGUGGUUUAGCAUCUCCUGCCAGCAGACAUCACAGAGAAGAUAAUGUUCUUUUUUUAAAAUCUGUCAGAGGCUCAAACUGGGACAUUUCCCUCCCAGCUAACACGAGGCUGCUCAUGGGCCCUUCUUCUAUGGGGCCCUUCUUUUAUAACUGGUCUGUACACAACCAUCGACGGUUUACUCCACAGAAAGCCAGUUGUGCACAGAGUGGGCUCUGCAUUUCACUGUGAACCUCGAUGCUUCAAUAUUUCUUUUCUUUUUGCAAGGCCCAAAGCCCCCUGACUUGAUGAGAGUCUCCCAGGAAGGAAUUAGACCAGAACGAUCUGUUAGCCUGUGCUCCUGCUUUGUAGUCCCAACCUGCGGUUGCAUUCCUCCUGACAAUGCCAGGUGGGUGUUUUGGCACUGGCACCCUGCCCCCGCUCUCCUCUGAGACCACACAUGGGCCAAAUCGGUGUGUUUUUGGGGUGCUCUUCAUGCUUGGGAAGGCAGGGGAUGGUUGAGUCGAGGUCCUCCAGGUGGUCAGGGGAGGCAGCUCGUGGUGGCUGCAAGCACCAGGUCAGUGCUGCAGUGUGAGGGACAGGGAGAAGGGGUCACUGGGCUGGGUGCCACCUGUGCUUCUAAAGGGCUGAUGGGGCUACCCCCAUAUGACUUCUCUGAAAACGCUCCUUGAACAUCACCAGCCAGGGCCGUGACACCCGGGGCACAGCUGCCCGGCUCUUCUCCACGCACCAGGCUCUCUGUGAGCAAAGGCAGCUUCACUGCUCCCUAACUUCUACAACAAGUUGUUGAAGCCAACACAGCUCAUCCCCUCCUGAUCUCCACUAGCUCAGUGGCACUGGUGGGGACCCGGUUCAUUUUCUGUAGGACCACCCCGUGUGAGCAGCCCCCGUGCUUGCUGACCCCAGACACAAGCCCAGCAUGCCAAAAAGGGCCCGACGAGCCUGUUUGUGCAAGCAGCCAUCCUGUGGACACAAGGUACAUCCAUUUCUCAUCUGCUGCCUUGAUUUCUUUUAUCCACAUCUUAGAUUCCUCUCAGCUGCCCCCUGGGGGAGAGUUAUAGGGCUGCAUCACAGGUCAGGAAGGUAUUUCUCUUGCUGCAGGUCAUCUUGUCUGGGAGGACCCUCUGUUCUGCUGAGAAGCUCUCUGAGACCUUCUAAAACCCGGAGCUGUUGCCUCUCCCAGAGACUGCUAUAAAAACAGCCUCUUUGCAGUGCUCCUUUGCAACAGCUGGGGGAACAGAGCAAUCUAGCACACAUUAACCCACCCCGCCAAGUAUCCACCUGGGCUUUGCAGACCUCCUUGGUGGUGGGGAGGGCUCAGCCAGGGCGAGAAGCACACUCAUGCAGUGUAAAUGCUCUAUUGAUGCUGAAGUAGGGGGAAAAACUUUGAACGGUUCACCAAGCCUCUCUCUGUAUCAAGCUAAACUACCCCUGAAGGCAUUUUUGGCUAGAUGCCACGGCGCAGAUGAGAUUGAUAGCUUCAAGGUAUAAAUAUUUACGGUUUGACCUUGUAAUUGUUCAGUCAGCCAAGGUUUUUACAUAUAUAUGUGGGAGUGUGUGUAUAUUUAUGCUCACAAAGUAUAUCUAAAAGUCAAGCUUUUUCUCUUUGAAAGAGAAAAUGGCAGCUUUAAAUUGUUUCACUUCCCUCUCAUUCUCUUUGCUAAAUCUUCUGCGAAGAGGUUCAUCCAUCUCUGCUGGUGCUCAGGUGGCUCUGGGAGGUCUGGGGGGCACAGGGAACAAGGGGAACAAAGGAGAAGAGUUUCUCUCUUGGGACCUGGGACCAAGGUCACUGCUGGCAGCACCACCCAGCACCUUUUGGGAAAACUUAGUGCCACACAUCACAAAUUCUCCAGUUCAGCCCUUUUAUGCCUGCCCCAGACACUAGGAUGUUCCCAGGGAGGCAGCUUUGUUUUUUCAACAGCUGAAUCCCACGAGCCAUUAGCCCCACACAACAGUGCAACCAGGGGGUGUGUGGCUGAGCAUCAUGAGGAGUUUUGAGGUCCCCACCCUGAGCAUGCUUCAAGAGGGAACACAAAACCUGCCUGGAUCCUGAUGGCCAGAGGAAAGACGCAGGUAGGAGCCUCUUCUGCAGAGCAACUUUUAAGAUCCUGUCUGCCUGGAGAGGGAAACCCGGUCCUCAGGUUGCUAUGUGAGUCAGGAUGCUCUCGCUGUCUUCGACGGCUCUUGGCUCUUUUCUCCCCUGCUUCUUGAAGGUCCUGUCAACUUUAUAAGUCCAUUGGCUCACGUUACACUGCUGGCAGCUCUCUGUUUCCUCUGAAAAGUCUGUCAGUUCCUCCUGUCUCUUUGCAGGGAACCCAGCAAACAUAAAGGCAAUCAUAUAUAGAACAAUUUGGUUUUUUGCAACCGCAAAAAAGAGCAGAGCUGGGAAACCUGAGCAUCUGUCACAUUGCCUUUGUGAGGGUGUGUUUGGAGUCGAAGGGCUCCUCACAAGUACCCCCAUGUCAAGAAUUUCCCUGUCAGCUGGCUCUGGGUCAGUGAAGGUGCCUGCUGCUUCUCUUGCUGGAGCCCUGGCAUCCACCACUGGGGAGAAUUGCAUUAACAUCACACUAGGGCAGCCCAUCGAAAGAAAGAACACGUUGCAACAAAAUGCCAGAAAAUACGCUCAUUUUCACUGCCUCAGGUUGAAUCCGUGCCCCUGGUACGUCUUCUGUUUUGUUUGCCAUCUUGUGAGACUCUCUUCACUUCACUAUGAGAAAGAAUCUAGCUGGCAGCAAUUUGAUGCAUGACAAUCCUGUUAUUACAGCUGUAAAUAAUUAACGACUAGAAAAAAAAUACAGUUUUUAAUUUUUUGUUGACUUUAUUUUCUCUAUUGACUAGCUGGUAGCCACUUUCUUAAGGGAUUUCUCAUGGAAACUGUGACCUUCCUCUUUCUCUCUUUCUCUCUCAGUGUUUUCCCUUUCUUUCCCUCUCUCUCUUUCUGAGAUUUGUGUUUCAAAUGCUUUUUGGUGCACUGUUCAAUGCCUGUUUGUAUUUUUGAAUCGUAUUUUUCAACCUUUGCUGGAAAAAAAAAAAAAAAAGCCCAUUCUAACUGGCAGGAUUUUGAGUCCUGCAAUUUUUUUCAGCUUUUAGCUUUUUCAGUGAGUUAAAGCAACAGAAAAAUGUCUCAAAAAUUUACAGUGAAGUUCUGAAGAGAGAUUAGAAAACAUCAGAAACCAGAACAACAUGAACAACAUCGACAAGCUGAGUGGAUGAGGAGGACUCUUCUGACCACCUACCAGCCUCCUGGCCUAACACACCAGGCAGGACUAGACCUUUUCACUGAACUAAAUCACUCCGCUUUUCCACUCUACCCACUCUCUUGAACUCUGAUCAAAACAAAUAAAAAAAUCAUAUUUUAAAAAA